UCGAAAAUAAAUAAUAACAAAUAAUAGCGAAAAUCAAUGGACGACGGCGAGCUAAUAAAACUGAUUGAGAAUCACCCGAUCCUGUACGACAAGGACAGUGCGCGGAGCGUUAAGAAUGCGGCCCAGAAGGACGCGGCCUGGAAGGCCAUCUCCCAGAAGAUGGGGGCAUCGGAAAGAGCGUGCAUUACGCGCUGGAAGAGCAUUCGCGAUCGUUUCGGCAAGGAGUUCCGCCGCUUCCAGGAGCGUCCCGACGAGCCCACCUACUGGGACAUGUUCCCGCGCCUGCUCUUCCUCAAGGAUCACUACAAGCAGGGACUGGCCAGGAACGAGAGUCUGGACGGGAUGCGCUUUGAGCCGCGGGAGCGAAAGAAGCGCCCGAAGGUGGACAUGGAGCAGGAGAAGCGGCGGAAGGACGAGGAGGAGGAGGACUGCCAGGAUGACCUGCUGAACGAGCAGCUCAUCGAGCUGGUCAAGAUGCAUCCGGUGCUGUACGACCGCCACAAGAUCAGGGUCUCCAAGAAUCUGGCGGCCAAGAACGAAGCCUGGCGGGAGAUCUCCGAGAACCUGAAUGUGUCGGAGGAACUCUGCUACAACCGCUGGAAGAAGCUGCGCGAUCGCUUCGCCCGGGAAUACCGCAGUCAGCAGAUCAACCAGGCCACGCCCAUCACUUGGAGGUACUUCAAUGAGCUCCUCUUCCUGGGCCGCCACUUUCGCAAGGGAGUGCCGCUGAUCUUGGAGAACAUCAAGCGACGCGGACGACCGCCAAAGACGGGAAAUGCGACGGGGAAUCCCGGCAAGCAGCCGGAGGGCAUGGUGAUCUCGGGUGGCGAGCAGAUCUGGGGUGCCGACUAUCCCUACAGCACGGACAACGACGAGCUGGAGGACGAUCUGGAGCUGGCCUACGACGAGGAGAUCGAGAUCCUGUCCGAGGCGGAGCAGGCAACGCCCUACGACUUCAUCCUCAGCGAGGCAGCGCCAUCGCAGGAAUUGGAGCCACCGCAGCAGCAGCUUCAUGUGACCACCACGACGCCGGCGAUGAGCGAGGAGAUUAUCCACACGAAUCCCGUUGUGGAGGAGAUGUCCUCCCUGCCGGAGGACUCUGCCACGCCUGCCGCCACCUCCGACAAACUGCUGACCACCGUGAUAGCCAACAUGGAGACCGUGCUCCAGCAAUCCCGCGAGCUGCAGGCCCAAAUCCAGCACGAGCAGGAGCAGGAGCGAAGUGCCGCGCCGGCCAACAGCCUGUUGUCCAAGGCUCAGAUGCUGCUGGACGGCCUGAGUCCGUUGGAGCGUUCGAAUGCCGAGCGGAAAAUCGUGCAGUUCCUGUGCCAGUGCCAAAUUAAAGCGCUGGACGGCGAAGAUAUCGAGGAUGUGGCACCGUGCCAGGUGAUCAACUGACCAGGAUUCCUAUCUAUUUAGUUGUAAAUAUAUAAACGUAGGUUAGCUGCAAACUCUAUUAAAGUAUUCUUAAUAUUAUCGAAUUUUAAAAUAUAUUUUAAACCACCAGUGUUGCAAAGCAUAGAA